AUGCCGUUGAUCAGCGAUCUGUUGGAAGAUCUGGAUAAAGCUCUAUGGUACUGUUCGCUAGACAUGGCUAGUGGAUUUCGGGUCGUCGAAAUGACUGAACGAGCAAAACUGAUCUCAGCGUUUGUCACACCGUUUGGCUUGUUCGAUUGGCUGCGAAUGCCUUUUGGGCUUAAGAACGCGCCCCAUAUCUACCAACGUCUGGUUGACAAUGCGCUGUAUGGAUAUCUCAAGUUCGGCCAGAGAUCAGCCUCUAAUGGCCCGAUCGACGUGUUCAAAGAUGGAGAACCUGAGACAGAUCGACGACCGUCUAUACUGGGACGCCGAUCGUACAUUGACGAUAUUCUCAUACCAGCCACGUCAUGGGGAUCUUUGUACACAAAAGUAGAACGGUUGCUGGAGGCAUGUGAUAAGUGGAAUCUGUCUAUCAGCCUCACGAAGAGCUUUUGGGGGUGCCGUAAGGUCGAUUAUUUGGGACAUCGAGUGUCGAUAGAUGGUCUGGAGGCUCAGCCCAAGAACUUGGAGUCGUUGGUCAACAUCCCGUUCCCUAGCACGCUGCGAGCUAUGCAAUCUGUUCUCGGGAGCUUGAACUACUACAGCCGUUUCAUUGAGGACUUCGCGGUGUACGCCGCGGUGUUGUAUGAGUUAAGAGAAUCGGAUUUCUUCGAGAUCGGCCGAUCUCAGCUUGCAGCAGGAGACGAAUGCUCCAACGAGGGUCGAUGGACAGAAGCCAAGGUUGCUUUCACUAUGCUAAAGGCUAAGAUAGCUACAGCUCCCAUGCUCAAACACUUCGACCCAGAUCGCCCUCCCGUGAUCGUGGUCUACGCUAGCAAGUGGGCUGUCUCAGCGGCCCUGAUACAGGAGUACGAUGGCGUUUAUCAUCCGGUUACGUUUACUAGCCGCACUUUAAAGCCUAAUGAGCUUAACUACGGAACAGUAGAAAAAGAAGUGCUGGCGCUACUUCGUGUGUUGGAUGUAUGCUAUACUACGCUUGCCUCGCGGGAGAUCACUGUACUGACCCGACAUUCUACGUUAGCCUGGUUGAUGCAGUCUCGAGGGCUCAACGGGAGAAUAGGACGGUGGGCUGCUUUGUUGUCAAAUUGGACUAUGGAGGUGAAGAAAUGUGAAAGAGGAGAGGAAGAGAUCCUGGGCAUGUUAGCAGCGAGUAUCACUCCGAGAGGAGAAGUGGAAGAGAUGCUGAUUGCGAUCUCCCCACGAAAAGACUGUCGACUCAAAAUAUCGAUGCCUCCUCCAACGGUGGAAACAGAUGAGGAGUUGCUGGUGGCCAGUUUCGAUGGAUCGGCUAGGAUAAAAAAGAAAGGAGGGUCGUUCAGUGCCGUGAUAUGGAAGUUACCCGAAUGGACGAUCGUGGCGGCCGAAUCGAGAUAUGUUCACGAUCUGACUGUGAAUGAAGCUGAGUAUAAUGGCUUUCUACUGUGCUUUGAGUUACUCGCCGAUCUGGAUAGGGGGCGAGUAAUACUGUGUGGAGAUUCCAGUCUGGUGAUUCGACAGAUGCGCGGUGAGAUCGACUGCAAGGCACCGGGCCUUCAGCUUCUGAGACACAAAGCGUUGGAGGAGCUGCGGUCAUGGCCUAGUCACGAGUUUCUGCAUGUGAAGCGAGAGUGGAAUCAGAGCGCAGAUCGACUAGCCAGCACAGCAUUGCAGAGCGAAAAGGGAAGAACGGUUGUAGCUGAAGAGGAUCGGCAAGAUCUGAUGACUCUGAACCGUCUCGAUGAACUGUUGAAGCCCAAGCAAGAUGGUCAGCUGGCUCGGGUAACUGCGAUCACGAGAUCAGCCAGGAGGAUACGUCAUGAACCUGAAGUGAUACAGGAGGAGAUAGUACAGAGGAUCAGGAUUCAACGAAUUGUCCAAGCUCAAGAUGAAGAGCGUUGGAUUGUCAAUCUCAAGACAUAUCUAAGUGGCGAUGUGUUAAACUUGGAUGCGGUAGAAGUGAAGAUGUGCGCCAAACUGGCGCCGGAAUACGAGAUCGAUGAGAACAAUCUGCUAUUUUUUUGCCCCAUGGCGAAAAGAGAGUCGGAAGAUCGCGAUGGUUUGAUGCGGUUGGUGAUCCCUGAGACGUUGCAGCAGGAUUUUUUGCAUCACUAUCACACGAGUCUGGAAGGAGGCCAUCAGGGUAUUGGCCGAACCUAUCAGAGGAUCAGAUCGCGAUUUCAUUGGAUAGGACUGUAUCGGAGCGUUCAACGAUAUGUGGGCGAAUGUACCGACUGUGAGACCGGGAAAGGAAACCCGAUGAUUCAUGGGAAAUCCCUGGGCAAUCUACACGCAACCUAUCCAUUCCAGAUCAUCGCCAUGGAUCAUAUACCGUCGUUGCCCAAGUCCAUCAAGGGGAACACCGAACUGCUCAUUUGGGUCGACCUUUUCUCGGGAUAUGUGAUUGCAAAGGCUAGCUCCUCUCGGACGGCACAAACAAUAGCGGAGAAUUACGAAGAAUGUGUGUUUCGACGCUUCGGAGCUAGCGAGGCUAUCAGGCACGAUCGAGAACCGGGAUUUAUGUCCGACUUCUUUCGAGCCUUCAGUCGGAUCGUAGGACAAAAACAUCGUGCUACUAUGGCUUACAGGCCACAAGCAAAUGGAACAGCCGAACGAAUGGUGCAAACCCUGACACAUUCGCUCAAGAUGUACGUGGCUGAAGUUGACCAGCGAGACUGGGAUGAGUAUGCUGAGCGGCUCACCUUUGCCAUUAACACUGCACAAGAUCGGAUCCGGGGGAAUACCCCGUUUUAUCUGAUUCAUGGGUGGGACCCGCGAUCGACUUUGGAGGCUACGCUACCAGUGGGGAAUACGGGGACACGAGAUCGCGAUCCAAAGAGGUGGAGAUACAAAAUCCAAAGACAAUACCUGCGAGCCCGAUCUGCAGUGAACGAUCGUUUACAAGCCGCGAUCCAGGAGCGAGCAGAUCGAUACAACGAAGAUCUGGAACCACACGAGAUCGAAGUAGGAGCGCAAGUUUGGCUAUACCUGGACCGAGUUAAAGAGGGAUAUGCGAAGAAGCUAGCGCACAUGUGGCAUGGGCCAUUCCGAGUUGCGGACGUAAAGACGUUCCCUGAACGCCCGAAGGAUCAGCUUACGAUAGAGGAAUCAGAUCGCUUGGAUUUCGAUGAAGCUCUGCUGCCAGAAGACAGUUGGGAUGGCGAUCUUGAAGAAGGGGAAUACGAAGUAGAGGCAAUAUUGGACGUGCGAUCUGGUAGAAAAACCCGUUAUGGGCGAGUACACCGGCAGUUUCUGGUGAAGUGGAAGGGAUAUCCCGAUCUAAGUUGGGUGGACGAGGCCGAUCUACGUUGUGGGGCGAUCUUGCAAGAGUUUGAGCGGAACCGAGUGAGUCGAAACCGUUUCGACGUAAUGCAGUCUCAUGAAGGCAAGUCGGACGAACCUUAA